AGAGAGAGAGAUAAUGGAGAAAAGCAUAAAGGGUAGUAUGGGAAUUAGAAAAGAGAUUAGGAAAUGUAAGUAGUUGUCUAUGUAGAAGUCGCAAUCAGAUAGAAAUGAAGAAGGAAGGCAUUCACAGGCGAAUCACGCCCGGGCCCUAAGCGUAAAAGGAGUAGAGAUAAAGAGCUGCUUCGAACUUUCUAUCUCUCUCUCUCUCCACACAGUUCUUCUUUCUCUCUCUGAAUCUGCCGUCACGAGGAAGCUUCUUCUUUACAUGCAUUGUUCUUUCGUCUUCCUCCUCCUCUCUUGAAAAAAACCGCUUCUCCGAUUCUCUCUGCUGCGAUGGCCACCGCCACUGGUGAAGGGAGGAAGCAGCAAUUCGCAGAUAGUAACUCACCACUCAAGUAUCCAAGCUUCAAGCCACCACCUAAGCCUAGCCACUGCGCCAUAGAUGUUUCUCCUCUUCUUCUUGUUAAGGAGGAGGAGGAGGAGGCUGCAUUCCCUUUGAAACAAGACACUUCACUUGUACAAGACGUGUGUACUAUCUCAGUCUUACCUGACCAAGGCAAUACCCUCGUCCCUCACUUCACUCUCUUUAGCUUCGUCAAGGCUCUGCUUCCUUCUAAAAAUCAGAUGUUCAUCGAUGCCCAACUCAACUGUCAGAAGACUCAGAACCGCAUCAAUGUUCUGCUUGGUGGCACUGAUUCCUACCAGUCAUGCGUCGUCGACAUUAACCUCGAGAAAGGCAACGGUGCUGAGCCCCACGACGGUGGAGUCCUUGGAAAUCUCAAGUCCGAGACUCUUCAUAUGCAAAAGGUAUUGCAGAGACAAGCAAGCAUGACCACUGAUAAAGCUAUCUCCGAGAGAUGCCAUGAUGCACCAACCAACAGGUGGAGAAGAUACAAGCGUGCUGCUUCGUUUGAUUCUAGGAAAAUCGUCAUCCUUUUCUCCAUCUUAUCAAGUGUUGGAACGCUGAUAUUGAUCUACCUGACACUGAGAGUGAGGCAAAGCGGAGACAAUAGCUUCAAUCAUUUGUAGUCUAAACUGUAUCACUGUCCUCCUUUCUUCUUCGCUGUCUCUGUUUUGAAUCUCUUUCCCACAAAACUCAAGUCUUCUGUUCCAAGCUUCAUAAUGUUGAUAAGUCGACACAUUUUCUGUGAAUAACACUUGCGAGUGCAUCAAUUGCAUAGGUUCCCCACCAA